GAAGGAUCUGACAACAGAAUAACCUUGAAUCAUGGAAAUAAAACAGAUUAAGAAUAUAUUAAUAGUUUCCUUUGGAUUUCUCCUACUCUUUACAGCAUAUGGUGGACUUCAGAAUUUGCAGAGUAGCCUGAAUCCUGAGAAAGGACUGGGUGUAGCUUCAUUAAGCGUUGUCUAUGGAUGUCUUAUUGGGUCUUCAUUAUUUCUCCCACCAAUUAUUAUUAAGAAAAUCGGAUGCAAGUGGACAAUUGUGGCAUCAAUGUGCUGCUAUGUUACAUAUUCCAUAGGGAAUUUUAAACCCAACUGGUAUAGUUUGAUUAUAACCUCUGCAAUUCUAGGAAUAGGAGGUGGACCACUUUGGGCUGCAAAAUGUACCUAUCUCACCGCAAGUGGUAUCAAGUAUGCAGUGAAGACAGGGAAGGAAAAAAUAGAUGUUGUUAAUCAUUAUUUUGGUAUAUUCUUCCUGAUAUAUCAAUCAUCUGGAGUUUGGGGAAAUCUCAUCUCAUCUCUAGUUUUGGAAAAUCCAGUUAAAGAAACAGAUGUAAAUAGGAGCUUAUUUCUUUGUGGUGCAAAGAGUUGCCCGGUAUCUUCUAAAAGUUUAGAUAAUUCUACUGGCCCAACCCAAAGUGUAUCUGACAACCUACGCUACACUCUAAUGGGUAUUUAUACAGGUUGUGGGGUGCUAGCAGUGAUUCUUGUUGCAGUAUUGCUGGAUCAGAUUGAUUUAAGUGAGGAGGAGAAAAAUGAAGAAGAAGUAGAAAUAUCUAUUUGGAAAUCGUUGCUGGCUACAAUACGUCAGCUCAAGGAUGUACGACAGUGCAUGCUUAUACCAUUAACAACAUUCAGUGGCUUCCAGCAAGGAUUUAUUUCCAGUGAAUACACAAAGGCGUAUGUUACGUGCACUUUAGGGAUACAUUUUGUUGGAUAUGUGAUGAUUUGCUUUGGAGCUACAAACUCAAUAUGUUCUUUGCUCUUUGGAAAACUCUCACAAUACACUGGACGAAUAACUCUUUUUAUGCUAGCUGCAGCUACAAGUGCAUCCUGUAUAAUAGCACUUUUGCUCUGGAAUCCUCACCCAAACCAACUUGCUGUAUUUUUCAUAUUCCCUGCACUGUGGAGUAUGUCAGAUGCUAUUUGUCAAACGCUGCUUAAUGCUUUUUACGGUGUGUUAUUUGCUGACCAUAAAGAAGCAGCCUUCGCCAAUUACCGCUUAUGGGAGUCUCUUGGAUAUGUCAUCACUUUUGCUUAUAGUAAUUUUUUGUGUGUUAAUGUCAAGCUUUACAUAGUACUGUCCGUAAUGAUACUUGGAAUGACUCUUUAUUUGGUAGUUGAAUAUACAGAAUACAAAAAAUCAUCCACAAUUUACUCAAGAAGAUCUACAAAGGAAUAAUGCCUUGCCUAUUUUGUUUCUCAAUAUCACGAGUAUUAAAUCUCAGGAUACAGAGAAUGCCAAAAAA